GCAUCUUUUCAUUCCAGAGGCAAGUAUCCGGAUAGAUUCACUACCUACCUACCUACCUACCUCCUGGGUCUCGUAGGCAUCCGCUUAGCACCAAAGGCUCUUUACAACCUGUCUUGGCUGGCGAUGGACGACUUUCACCUCUUCACCUCUAUCCGAUACGACCCAGCCCUGCUCCAGAUCCCGGAGCUCGGGUUUGCCGGCACCGGGUGGAACCAGCACCCUUCUCCUUUCUACAUGCUCGACCUGCACCGGGACCGCAUGCUGAGAGCUGCCACCUACUGGGACUGGCCCGCCGCCGUCGCCGCCGUCGCCGGUGAGCAGGGUUUGGACGCGCUGCACACCUUCCUGCGGGCUAUCACGCGUGACGUUGGUAACAGUCCGCAACGAAUCAAGAUUACUCUUGCCGCGGAUGGAAGUUUAGGCCAUCAGAUCUCCCCCCUUGCGGAGACGCGCGUAGGUAACCUGUUCCCCGAAUACCUCCCCGCGCCAGACCCCGAGGAUUCGGCCCGGCCCGCGGAGGCCAGGGCCCCGGUCAGGCAUCCCGUGUACGAAAUCGUGGUGGAUAGCCGGGAGACGGCAAGAUCCGAGUUCACCCACUACAAGACCACCUCCCGGGGCAUGUACGACGACGCCAGAAAGCGGGCUCGCAUUGCCCUAGGCGACAAGAGGGAGGUGCUCCUCGUCAACCACGACGGGCAUAUCAUGGAGGGCAGCAUCUCCACCCCCUACUUCUGGAGAGACGGAAAAUGGGUGACGCCUCCCGUACCCAAGCAGUUCCUUGCUUCUCGGGGUAGUGGCGGGAAUGACGGGACCACCAGGAGAUGGGCCUUGGAGAGAAAUCUUGUCGCGGAACAGGUUGUUGCUGCCGAUUCGCUUGUUGACGGUGAAGAAUGCUGGAUAAGUAACGGGCUUUUGGGGUUCGCGCUGGGGAAACCCGGAAAGACAUAAAGGAGGUUAUGAGGUAGGUAGUUUGGCUCUGCGCGUGCCCCCGUCAAUACACAUCGAGAUUUCCCAGAGCGUCAGCGUCGGCCCCUCGCAGUGAGUCACGAUCAAGUUUGCCUACCUCCCUAGGCAGGUAGGUAGUCAGUCACGGCCAUCGCGGCCAUCGCGGCUAUCACGGCCAUCACGGCCACCACCACAGC